GGCUUUUCUCCAGGUGAAUUCCAGGAGGCACCCGAGAUCCUGGACCUAAUCCAAGACUUUUUUCCCCUUCAUUCUCUCUCCUCACCCCCGCCGUCAGACUCUGAGAGAUGAGUAUCCACGCUUCCACCUUCAGCCGGUGGCUUUGCCUUUCUGGGGAUCAAGCUAACGCUCCCUGCAAGGGACCUAUCUGGCUUCAUGACUCCGUUAUUACUGCCCCUUUCGAUGCUAUUACCCGAACCCAGGGCCUGGUCCACGCUUCUCAAGGAUAGUUGUCAGACUUAAGCGUUUAAUGACAUCCGCUUGGGUCAAAGACUGGAGACAGGAUCAAGUGUGGACCCGCACUGUCAACUUCAGAAUCCCUGGGGACCUGGUCAGAAAUGCCCAUUCUCUCGGUCCUCCAUUGUCAGUCUCUUGGGCAGGGAGGGGGCGUCCCUAGUGGGUGGCUGUGAGAUGGCUGGAAGUGGACAUCCAGUGGAUGUGGAGGCGCAGCGCCGGAGUGCCGGAGAUCUCCAGCUCCGGGUUCGCGGUCACGUGGGCUCUUCAGCUAACCACCCACCCCCUCUUCACCGUCUUUAAAAGGAAGACUCACUAACGCCGUUAGUCGCGGGUAAUCUUUGCAGCCUCUCCAGCUGCUGGCCUUUUUGAAACCAACUCCCAGGUCCCUGUCUCUUGCUAGGCUUCUAGAACCACCCCUUGAAACUUCCCGGGAGUAGAGGGGGGCGGGCGAGGGGAGCCUGGCCGGGAGGGAGCUGCUUGUGCUGCGACUGGCAUCCUUGGCACCCGGUCUGAGUAGAGUCUGGCAGUUCCAGCUGGGCUGAACGGCUGCUGUGAGUUCUGCGUGGGGACCAAGGAAAGCACGUGUCUGCUUUUAGAGAAUGCCAGGCAUUACACCUGCCCGUGAGUCUCUGAGAACAUAAUGUCUGUCUGCAUGUCUUCACACAAGGAUUUUUCUCAGCUGCUACCUGUUCAAGACAUGGAUAUCAAAAACUCACCAUCAAGCCUUAAUUCCCCUGUUUCCUACAACUGUAGCCAGUCCAUCCUACCGCUGGAGCAUGGCCCCAUCUACAUCCCUUCCUCCUACGUGGAGAACCGUCAUGAAUACUCCGCUAUGGCAUUCUAUAGCCCUGCUGUGAUGAAUUAUAGUGUUCCCAGCAGUGCCAGUAACCUGGAAGGUGGGCCUGUUCGACAGACCACAAGCCCAAAUGUGUUGUGGCCAACUUCUGGACACCUCUCUCCUUUAGCAACCCAUUGCCAGUCAUCACUUCUGUAUGCAGAACCUCAAAAGAGCCCGUGGUAUGAAGCAAGAUCACUAGAACACACCUUACCUGUGAACAGAGAGACACUGAAAAGGAAGCUUAGCGGGGGCAGCUGUGCCAGCCCCGUUACUAGUCCGAGUUCAAAGAGGGAUGCUCACUUCUGCGCAGUCUGCAGCGAUUAUGCAUCUGGGUAUCACUAUGGCGUGUGGUCCUGCGAAGGAUGUAAGGCCUUUUUUAAAAGAAGCAUUCAAGGACAUAAUGAUUAUAUCUGCCCAGCCACGAAUCAGUGUACCAUAGACAAGAACCGGCGCAAGAGCUGCCAGGCCUGCCGACUUCGCAAGUGUUACGAAGUAGGAAUGGUCAAGUGUGGAUCCAGGAGAGAAAGGUGUGGGUACCGUAUAGUACGAAGACAGAGAAGUUCCAGUGAGCAGAUGCACUGCCUGAGCAAAGCCAAGAGAAACAGUGGGCAUGUCCCCCGUGUGAAGGAGCUACUGCUGAGCACCCUGAGCCCAGAGCAGCUGGUGCUCACCCUCCUGGAGGCAGAGCCGCCCAAUGUGCUAGUGAGCCGUCCCAGCAUGCCCUUCACCGAGGCCUCCAUGAUGAUGUCUCUCACUAAGCUGGCCGACAAGGAACUGGUACACAUGAUUGGCUGGGCCAAGAAAAUCCCUGGCUUUGUGGAGCUCAGCCUGUUGGACCAAGUUCGGCUCUUGGAAAGCUGCUGGAUGGAGGUGUUAAUGGUGGGGCUGAUGUGGCGCUCAAUCGACCACCCUGGCAAGCUCAUCUUUGCUCCAGACCUCGUUCUGGACAGGGAUGAGGGAAAGUGCGUAGAAGGGAUCCUGGAAAUCUUUGACAUGCUCCUGGCGACGACGUCAAGGUUCCGUGAGUUAAAACUCCAGCACAAAGAGUAUCUCUGUGUGAAGGCCAUGAUCCUCCUCAACUCCAGUAUGUACCCCCUGGCUACAGCAAACCAGGAGGCAGAGAGCAGCCGGAAGCUGACACAUCUACUAAAUGCAGUGACCGAUGCCCUGGUCUGGGUGAUCGCUAAGAGCGGCAUUUCCUCCCAGCAGCAGUCAGUUCGCCUAGCCAACCUCCUGAUGCUUCUUUCUCAUGUCCGGCACAUCAGAUGGCUCAGAAACACCGAAGAACACGGUUCUCCUUCCAGAACGGUCAAAAUUAAGCACAAUCGCAUCUCUGCCGGCUUGUCAGAGGCAGACUGCAGCCACCACAAGCAUGCUGACGCCGGGAGAGAACCCAUCCCCCGAAUGGCUGAGCGCACACACUCUGCAGCCACCAUCUCACCAGUGAUCUCCAUUGUAACCAAAACAGAAAGACACAGAGAUAGCAGCGGCUGCCUGGGUCGCGGGUGCAGCUGUCAGCUGAAAUGGUACUUACUGUUUAUGAGAAAAAACCAUUCCUUAGGUUUCAGCGGAAGCUCCAAGUUCCCGGCUGCACCUCUACCUCCUGGCCAGGCGGCCCCUCCCCCUGCCCAGCCUGCCCUCUUCAUUCACUGGCUCACUAUCUUCCAACCAGGCCCUCCCCAAGGCUCCUCAUCUGAGGCACCAGCUCUGGCUGGCUUACCAGCACAGGGCUCCCGCUGGAAGCAAGACACCUUUUCUACGCUCUGCAAUAUUUAAUCUGUUUUUCCCGCUUGCAAAAAAGAAAAUGUCUCUCUCCAGCUCUCCUCACACACAGCCUUUGUUCUGACGCUACAGGAUUGCGAGGAUGAGAGGAGAAAGUCCCAGCGUUAUCUUGGCACCGUGAUAUGUAUGAAGUGCUAUAAAGCCAGGGAGGAAACAUUUCGAUUGGGAACAUGGGGGGAAAAAAGAUUUCUGGUCUAUAAUUUUUCUGUGUCAUGUUCACCACCAGCAGUGCAAACUGAAGCCAGAGCCAUUUAGGGGUGCCUUCCUCAGGUCCAGAAGAAGAGUUUUCCCUGAGGAGUUUUCCUCUUGCCUUAGAUCUGCUGUCCUGCCUGAGAAGGCCAGAGUUCAUUUUCUCUGUUCCACUGACUGCUGCAGAGGGACUCCGCCUUGCAGUACAAAUGGACCUCAAGAUAGAGGAAGAGAUUUGAGCUUCUCCCUGGGUUUUCCAAAAUGCAGGAACAUGGAAAUCCUUCUUUCUCCUAUGGAAAUGGGUCAGGCUUGCUUCUUUCCCUGUUUUGAGAGUUGAUCUCCUGUGUGUUCCUACAACCCACCUCUUAAGCUAUUAAUCUAUCCCCACCUUGGAGAGCAAAGCCUCCUCUACCAGUGCAACAGCAUGCAGGCUUGGCAACAUUAUUCAUAAAUGCUGCUGUUUUGUUCAUUCCCACAUGCUGGGCUGGGCCUGUGACCUCCUACUACAGGACAGGACAUGGAGGCUCACUCCCUGACCUCGCACAUCAGGCCAGUUGCUUCCCAUUUGCUGAUGGCUGCUCUCUCCUUGGGGAAGCCCUUGACUCCCAGGAAGACAUUUCUGCAGGGUGUGUAACAGCAGUCACGUGCUCCAAGGUAGAAUGGUUGGGCCGAUGACAAGGAAAAGAUAAAUGUGGAGGCCAACCUCCAGCUCCUUCCAGGCACCUGUGGUGACUAAAGUAAGACAGCUUCCUAACUGGCAGCAUUGUUUGGCCUUUCACAGUGACCUUGAGAAAAUACAGAUAGGAGAGCCAUGAAAAGUGCUGGCCCAUUCUCCAAAGGAUGAAAAACAAUCGUAGCCCAUGGUUGCCAGGGUAAUAACUGUUGAGCUUAAGUGACAACAUUUUACUUGCUAUUUGUAUAAACUUGAUAGGCUUUUCACGAUGGUAGGGGAAAUGUGAGAAGAAUGUUUAAUUUCUUCCAGUGUCUUUCCAGGGACUUGCUAUUUCUGAAAACAAAAGAGCCACCCAAUGUCCACAGGGAGGGACUAGUCUUUUUUGUUUACAAGCUACUGAAGUCUCUCCUUCAUACUCUAGUGUAAGGGUACUAAGCUGUUCAUGAUGAUGACAUCGAGGAGGCAUUCGAGAGAAUGGUAACAACAUUUUCCUGAGAAACUACAGAUCAACAGAGUGAAAAUGAUCUCUGUGAUCCUCACACAAGGGGGACUGUCCAUGUAAACCUUCCCAAGGGAGCUCUUCCAGGCACUGGAAAGUUUCAUCAGCUCAUUCACCCACACCACUGGACACAGUCUUUAAAAUGGUCCCGUCCUAGGGCUGAGGAGAUAGCUCAGUUGGUAAAGUGUGUGUCACACAAGCAUAAGGACCAGUGUUCAGAUCCCCAGUAUCUAUAGAAAAGCUGAGCGUGGUGGUAUGCAUACUUGUAGCCCUAGCUUGGGAAUGGGGGCGGGGAUGUACAGGAGGCAAGUGCAUUGCAAGAUCUCACUGGUCAGCCAUCUAGCCAAUCCAUGAAUUUGUUGGGGCUGUGAGAUGCCAUGGAGACAGAUGUGUGUUGGAUGGACGCUUGAUUGUCUUGGCAAGCUCUCCUUUGAAUCUCAGUCCUCACAGAUACCCUGCUAGGGAGGCAGGAAGCAGGGCUUGUGCAUGGUUUCUCAGCAUAGGGACUGAGGCGCAAGACUUAUUCAUCAUUUGUGAUUUAUUUCACUCCACUACUCAUGUGUUUCUCAAACAGAGUUCCCAUCAAGAGCACCACACCUUGCCGUCACAUCUGCACACGUUAGGAAUGAAGGUCUUGGCCUCACCUGGACCUGUGGAUGGAGCAGCUCUAGACGUGCUUAGGGCACUGAGGUAGGUUAUGACACAUGCUGAAGCUUGAGAACCACUGUCUUCCAGGAGACAGUACCUGACAAUGAGCUCUAGGUUUCAGAAAAAUUAUAUAUGGUGCCUUGGAAACCCAGCAUCCCAAAGGAGUUGGACAUGUCUUUAAAAUACAUUGUGCAGUGAGACAGACAGACUUUGGCUCCUGUUCCUGCCCUGAGUGGAUGUCAUUUUCCUUUUCUGAGUGGCAGUUCCCUCUCUGUAAAUGAGAAGGCUUCAGCUGACCAUGCAGUGUUGUCUCAAGAGCCAAAACAGCAAAUGUGAGGAGCCUAGCUGUCUGAAAUGAUCAGAUGUAAUGUAGCUUUAAGAAACCUGUUAUGUGGUACUAAUUAUUUUGAAAUUUGUUGAGAAUAAAACUAAAGUAUUAGAUUUUUU